UAUUGGUGCCCUACCUGGUUUUGAUUCUUUCCAAGAUAUCAUAUCUCACGCGCACUCUCUCAAACACUCCUUCUCUUCCCAUUUAAAUAUUUCUCUUUUCUUUUCUCACUACACAAAUUCCUCUCAAUUCUUCUUCUCCCUUUUUCCCCUUUCUUUUUCUUCAAUUUUCAGUUUUGAUUUGGCUGAGUUUGUUGAGAUUUAGGCGGGAUUAAUUUUGUUGAGAGAGAAAAUGACAAGUCCAAUUCCAAACAUGGCUACUAUCACAGCCUCUCUUGAGAGAUCUCUGCAGAAUUGCUCCUUGAACAACCAGCACACCACCUCCAGCAGCGGCGGCGGCGGCGGAGGCGCGGCGGCGGCGGUGGACUUGAAUUCAGAAGGCUCAUCCCUUCCUUUCCAUUGGGAGCAAUGCCUUGAUUUAAAGACUGGUGAACUAUACUACAUAAACUGGAGGACCGGCAUGAGGGCCACGGAGGAUCCCCGGACCGCAGCAGCAGCCGAGUACGUCGACGACUGCUCUUCCGAGGAGGAGGACAGCAGCUCGUACGACAGCGAUGGGUCGUCGUUGGAAUCGUCCCCAUGCUCCUCAAGAGAGCAAUGGAGUGGUAAAAGUAAUCAAGAAAAUUGUUACUAUGAUGAUGAAGAAAGGAAUAGCAACAACAACAAUAGUAAUAAUGUGUUGGUGGUUGCUGGUUGCAAGAGCUGCCUAAUGUACUACAUGGUGCCCAAACAGCUUGAAAUUUGCCCCAAAUGUUGUGGUCAACUUCUCCACUUUGAUCGAUCUGAAAAUGCCUCUUCUUGAAUUCUUUCUUUCUUUCUCUCUCUAUUGUUGAUUUGGUGGAGUGGAGUUUCUUGAUAUAAGACAAAAAGAAUUCUCAUUCUUGUUUCAAAUUGUUCCAUCUUUUUUUUGCUUCUCUAUUGCUAUGUAAUUUAUUGUAUUCAUUGUUUUUGGUUUUGAUUUCCUGCAUUUAUGAGUUUUGGAUGAUUCAGUCA